AUAUAAGCGCGUGCACGUGCUCAGCCAUGUUGAUUGCGGUGACCGCGCAGCUUGAACUAUAACUUGAGUCUUGGACCUUGGUGCUUCUUAUCCGUUCCACUCUAACGGCCCCGUUUUCUCAAGUUACGAUUCACGAAAUGCCCUACCUUGAUGACCAAACCUUCAAUUUGUAUGCUAGAGACGUUAGCACACAACUCACUCCGAAUGCUACUCAGAGGACAACUUUAAUUGUAGCAGGCUGCUAUGUGGUAGUUAUCGCCAUCCUCUGGCAUGUCCCAGUGUUGAGUUGGAUUAGUGCACUGCUUACUGUGGGCUUCCAUGAGAUGAGCCACGCAAUUGCUGGUAUUUUGACAUGCGCUACUAUCCAUUCCGUCGAGCUCGAUCCUGACGAAGGCGGCGAGACCCGCAUGUCGGGCGGCAUAUCAUGGAUCACUCUUCCUGCUGGAUAUCUCGGGUCCUCACUCAUCGGCGCUGCCCUCAUUGCAUGCGGAUUUGACACCAAUGCGAGCAAAAUCGCUUGUCUCGCUCUUGGUGUAUUUUUCCUCUUCACGUUAUGGUGGGCGCGCAGGAAUUGGUUGACAUGGGCGCUCAUCCUUGGCAUGUCCGGCUUGAUCGUGUUGUUCUGGCUUGUGGCCGACAGUGUUGCAUUGCGUUUCUUUGUCUUGUUUGUUGGCGUAAUGUCGGAUCUGUAUGUGCUGUGGGACGUGAUAGACGAUACCAUCGCGCGGAAAGUCAACAGCUCCGAUGCAUCCGCGUUCGCUCGGAUUUGUGGUUGUUUCCCAUCUAGAGUGUGGGGCGUCAUUUGGCUUAUAAUAGCCUUCAUGUUCUUUGCUGCUGGCGUCAUUGUGGGGCUGGUUGCAUUCAAGGAGUCUGCGUCGGAACAGAAAACGGAAGCUGCGAACUUCCUUCCUGCUCCAGGAUCGAGCGGUGCUAUGGCAUCUGCACCAAUACCGAGUGUCCUUUUAAUGAUUGUCACAGCCCUCUCAUGGAAGCUGUUGUCAUAACUCAACCGGAGCAUGUGCUUGGACUGAUUGAUAUAUUGAUGCCGGAUAUCAGAGACCCUGUUGCUUGUUUUUGUCUGUUCCAGAAGCAGAACGAUGUUUUGCAUAUCAGAGAUACAUGACUUGUUAAUACUAUCUUGACCCGGCCUUUUGAAUUCUUGAUCCGAAUGCUAUCUUGAUUACUUGC